UGGUAAAACAUGUGGAAUGUCAACACACGUCCUAACUUAUAAAAGACAAAUAAUAAAGGGGUUUUACGUAAGAAACAACUGAAAACAUAAGAGGUAUGGGGCUGCCUGUUACCAUGAUGCUUUUUUUAAUCUUUGUUUCUGUGGAAAGAGUCAAUGGCCCAUCUGAAUGCAAAGGAUUUCUCGUAAAACAGGUUUUUUACAUACCUGACAGUCUGGAAGAGUACAGAACCAAUUGUACCUCUACCUGCAGUGAACUCGAACCCCAUUUGGUCGUCACUGAAUGGGGAAAUCAGACAUGGAUUGGUUGCUUUAAAAAUAUUGAAGUUGCAGGAUACUGUGUGGAGUAUAAUUCUGGAUUGGCAUUGGGAACAUUGCAGGAACAUACAUAUGGAUAUUGCAAAGAUUAUGAUGUACCAUGUCCUGGAAAGUAUAAUUCAAGGGACAGCAUCAAAUAUAGGGAUUGUUUUUAUAAGAAUGGAGGCAUCCCAUCCUCAGAGAGUUCUUACAGACAUCAGCAAACCCUAGAAGAGGAACUUGAAGCAUGCAUUGGGAAACAAGAGGCAAAGAAUGGAGAAGAUCCCAAAAUUUCAGGCAAAGGGAACCAAAAUACAAAGAAUACACAAUGCACAGAAAACAGUACUGUGAAUUACAUAGUGAUAAGUAUUUUAAGCAUAAUGUUAACUACAGCUAUCAUAAUUAUCAUUGUAAUCCUUAUGAAAAGGAAGGAACCCUCACAUGCUUGUAAGAAUUAUGAGGAAGGGAAAGCCACAACAGAUGAGGAAUUGUCCAAUCUUAAUCAAAAUCUUGGGGAGGCUGCUGAUGAGUAUCAUAGUCUUCACAUCCCUCCAACAAGUAGUUCAACUUCGAUUCAGGUUGGUUCCCCUCAGUAUUGUACUGAGCCAAAUGAUGACAUAGGACAUCUAUCUGUUGAUUUAAAGGAUGACAGUGGAGAGCCAGACAAUCAAAUCCCUGUGAAUGAAACUAUUGAGGCAUCACCUGACAACUGAAAUUUGCCAAAAUCUAAAAAUACAUCUUCGUACUUGCCACAUGAACAUAAAAAACUAUUGAUAAUAUUUUGUUUGUGUAAAUCACAGUUAAGUAUUCAACUGUGUCUAAGUUUAGUAUGGAUUAUGUUUGUAUAAUGAAAUAUAAAUUGAUCUGAAAGACAAAUGUAAAAGUGUUUUGAUUUUUUUUUUUAAUUUUUUGUAUUUAUUUCUUUUUUUUUUAAAUGUCAAAAAUCUGGAAAGGAGUAAAUGCCAAUAUACUUAUUAUGAUUAUAAUGAUAGUAAUUAUUAUGAUAUAAGGGGCACACAGAGGGUGUGACUGGUGGAUGGGGGGAUGCUCACUACUCCAUGACACCUGAUCCCCCUCUGUUUUCAGACGUCCACAUUUGCUCUUCUCAUGGUUUGUAUGUUUAAUUAGACUUUUUUGAGCAUGAUUGUUGUCCAUUAUCUUCACAUUUCAUGUGCAAUGUCUACAGAAUCUAUUAUCUUUGUUUGAUAAAGAUUUUGAGAAUUUUUUUUAAAAAGUUCUGGAUGAUUGUUAAUGGCCACAUUGUGUAUAAGUACAUGUACUUGUCAGUGAAAAGUCUUCAUUUAUAGAAAUGGCCACAUUGUGUAUGCAUUUGAGUACUUGUCAAUGAAAAGAAAUGUGUUUUCUUGUAUAGACUAGUGUAAUUAGAUGAUUAUCAAGUUGAUAAAGGUAUUUUUUAAAUAUAUUACUGAGGAUUGUGCUGUGUAUAUGUUUGAAUUUAUAUUUUUAUUUAUAAAAGUUAUUUGAAAUACAUAGCUGUGUUGAUUAUUAUGCUGUGUAUACAUAUGAAUUUAUAUUUUUAUUAAAGGUUAUGUAAAA